UUCCGUGCUGCAAUAAGCUGACAUCCACCUCAGCUGCUGCAACCAGAACUAGGGUGCGGAGCGGAUCUCCUUCUCUUUACUGCACAUUUCCUACUCAGCUAGGUCGAGAGGCCAUCAUGGCAGUCAUCAGGAGGGAAGCCAGAUUGAUGGGAUCAGCCAUAGGAUGUCUUGGAAUAAUUCUCCUUGGUUUUCUCAUUCAGUCCCUUGCGGCCACUACAAGUGAGAGCACCUCCUUAUCAAAGGCGGCUAAGGUUGCUAGGAAUGCAGAAGCAGAAACUGACAUUGUUAGCAGGGGUCUCGGAGAGGACGACUAUGAUGAUGACGAUAAAACACAUUACAAGUUUGACAAGUAUGAUCACUAUGAUAAGUAUCACAUGAGGCAUGGUAAGUAUUAUGGUCAGUAUUAUGGUAAGCAUGAUGGUAAGUAUGAUGGUCAGUAUUAUGGUAAGUAUGAUGGUCAGUUUGAUGUAUGAUGGAAAGUAUGAUGGGAAGUAUGAUGGUAAAUAUUAUGGCACAUAUGAUGGUAAGUAUGGUAAGUAUGAUGGUAAGUAUGAUGAUCAGUAUUAUGGCAAGUAUGUUGGCAAGUAUGACGGCAAGUACGAUGGCAAGUAUGAUGGCAAGUAUGAUGGCAAGUAUGACGGCAAGUAUGAUGGCAAGUAUGAUGGUAAGUAUGAUGGUCAGUAUUAUGGUAAGUAUGAUGGUCAGUUUGAUGGUAAGUAUGAUGGAAAGUAUGAUGGGAAGUAUGAUNGCAAGUAUGAUGGUAAGUAUGAUGGUCAGUAUUAUGGUAAGUAUGAUGGUCAGUUUGAUGGUAAGUAUGAUGGAAAGUAUGAUGGGAAGUAUGAUAGUCAGUAUUAUGGCAAGUAUGAUGGCAAGCAUGACGGCAAGUACGAUGGAAAGUACGAUGGCAAGUAUGAUGGCAAGUAUGAUGGCAAGUAUGAUGGCAAGUAUGAUGGCAAGUAUGAUGGAAAGUAUGAUGGCAAGUACGAUGACAAGUAUGAUGGAAAGUAUGAUGGAAAGUAUGAUGGCAAGCAUGAUGGCAAGAAUGAUGGCAAGCAUGAUGGCAAGUAUUAGAUUAAAGACUAUGACAAGUAUGGCGAGAAGGAUGAGAGGAAGGGUUAUUACUACAAGCACUAUGGCGACAAGCAGGAUUAAAGGGGGUAUGGCAAGAAGUGGGCUGAGAAGGGGAAUGCUGAUCAGCAGCACAACAGCCAGCAGGACGAUCAAAAGAAGUAUGGUGACAAGAGCUAUGACGAGAAGUACAAGCACAAAAUUGCGGUGAUUAAGAGUAUGAGGGUAAGAAAUUUGAAGUGUGACAAGAGGACGCAGAAGAGAAACAAUAUGUAGAGUGAAAAGUCUGAUUGCAUUAACACAUUGAACGAGGCUUUACUUUCACGGAGGAUGCAAAGUGUACGACAGAUGGCACGACAAUGACAUCAGGAUGAUGGCCAAGCUUUUUUCUCACAGCUUUUACAUGGUAGUGGAGCAGGGAUCAUCGGCAAAGUCACCAGAUGUAAACUGGACUAAACAGAAGAAUAAGAGUUUGAUUUGCUCAUUCCUUUUGGUGCAGGGACAGCAGGAAAGGGUAAUUUUGAAUAACUGUCCAAAGCAAGCAUUUCAAAAUAUGGAUUCUCUUUCGCUUCGUCUAUUCUAGCAACUACCAGUGAGUGUGGGUGGUUUCUACCUUCUCAUGAAACAGAUUCAUUGCAGUCAAACUUAUGGCUUUAGCUGUGCUUCGACCAGUCACAUUAUGUCACAGACUAGAUUUUGAAUUGUGCUUUUCGUUUUGAAACCAGCAUGACCCCACCAAGCUGGCUGCAGGGGCCAGGGGCCUGUGUUCAUGGCCCAUUCGGGGACUGACUCUGGGAGAGGCUCGUUAAUGUGCUUCAAUUC